GAAGAUAUAUAGUAUAAACGAUCCAACAACAAUUGUUGAUGUAUUUUCUUGUACAAUAAUUUUGAACAUAACAUUCUUAUUUAGUUUAUUUUUUAUAUAGGCAAUGGAUAUUGUUUAGCAGUAUUCUCAUCCAUCAAACAUAUCCUUUCUCGCUACACUUUCAACCAGAGAAGGAAAGGGAUUGACAACAUACAAUCCUAGGAACCUCCAAAGCUGGUCGGCAAUUUCCUUCUUUCACGUUCAUAUUCAUUUAAUUGUAUUUUCAUACUGUUUUUUGCUUAAAUACAGGGUUACAGCAGUGUUUUGAGGAUUUGUAUGGUAUAGGAAAUGUCUGCCGUAAUUACACUGACCCCAGUGAACGACUCUUUUCAAACAAAAAAACUUGUGCUGUCACCAUCCGUUACAUACAAAGUAGGAAGGCAUACGAACAAAUCGACAGCUCCAGCGCCAUCUAAUCUAUACUUUACUUCCAAAGUGCUUAGCCGACAGCACGCGGAGAUAUGGUUGGAAAAAGACUCUUUUAUUGUAUAUGUUCGGGAUGUGAAGUCUUCGAAUGGAACUUUCGUGAAUGGAAAUCGACUGUCGUCUGAGAAUAAGGCUUCUGCACCAUGCAGAUUAAAUUCGGGAGAUGUUUUGGACUUUGGCGUGGAUAUUUAUAAUGAGGAUGAAAUAAUUCAUAAAAAGGUCUCUGCACAAAUUCGAAUACUUACCCGGGGAGUCCCUGCUUCAUCUGGUCCUGCUCGACAUUUAGAAAAUGAAGUUAUGCUGGAUUCAAUUAUGCGACAAAUGGCAAUUCAGUACCGGCGAUGUAUAGAAUUAAAUCAGAAUUUGGAAAAUUUAGAACAAGACGUUCAAGAAAUGUCAACAACCGCUGGUUUCAUUAACCAUUCCAUUCAUAUAGACAGAAAGUCUUCUCUUCGAGCCCUUGAUGGCACAAAGUCUGUCGAAUCUUCUUUAAUGAAUAAUGGCUCCUUAUCUGCAUCCUCAGUAGAGAAUGAUUAUCUCUCUCCUUCUUCUAUUGAGGGUCGAAACAAGUCAACCGAUGCUUCUUCUUUUCUAUCAUUGCCCCAUAAAUAUAUCUCAGACGUUGCUAUUCGGGAAGCUGAAUCCACGAAAGCCAAUCUGGAAACAUGGAAAGCUCGUGCGUUUACAGCCGAGGCAAAACUUUCCUCAAAAAAAGGCUUUUGGUACAACAAUCGAGCAUUCUUCCUUUCCCCCUUCUUCAUCGCCGUUGCUGGAGUUAUCGUAUACCUCGGAUAUUGGAGGUAGUCCUCUACUUCCAUCCAUACCCUGUUCUCCUCUAUCCAUGAUUGUUUUUCCGUAAUUAGAGUGUUCUUCUGAUUCCUUUGUUAUUCCUUCCUCUUUCAUCAAUUCCUCUUCUCCCUUUUGCAUUCGCAUUCGCUUUUCAUAUUUCGCUUCAAAUCCUUUCUCCUCCUUAUAUACAAUUAACGGAUGCUUUUGAAGUUUGGAAAUGUGUUUAACGCGAUUAUAAUGACCUCCAUAUUUAGAUUAAUCAGUAGUAGUGAUGCGUUUUGUAUUCUCCUUAAUCAAUUGAGAGCGAGAUAUAAUGAUCUCCUUAUGAACAAUUAGCAAGCUUGUUAGUAAUCAUGCCAUGCACUUUCUUCUGACCUUAGCAGAGAAUUUCCCU